GAUUUGGCGCCCUUCCGCCGCCGUCGGGGGGGGGGGGUCACGUGACACCCCCCUCGAUAAACGCAAGAUGGCGGCGCCCAUGUUGCUGCCCGAGUCCCCUCUGGGGAAGUUGAGCCAUCAAAAAUACAGAGCUAUUCUGAAGAAAGAAAAGCGAAAAAAAAAGCGGCAAGCGCUUGCCAAACUAAGAGACUCAGAAGCUACAGAAAAAGAUGAAUCAGUGUCUGAGGAGGAAGAGGAAGAACUGGAAGAAGAGGAGGAAGAGGAAGAAGAAGAAAAAAAACUUGAGGCAGAAAGACAAAAACUACACGAGCAGUGGUUGCUGAGAGAAGAAAAGGCCCAAGAAGAGUUCAAGCUUAAGAAAGAAAAAGAAGAGGCUGCAAGAAAACGUCAAGAAGAAGAAGAGGUGAUGUAUAAACUGAGUGUUACACUUGUGUCUGGCAAUAAGAGGAAGAUCAAAGAAGAAUGGGAGGAGCAGCAAAGAAAAGAGAGAGAAGCGGCACAGCAGAAGCAACAGGAGAAGAGAGAGAGAGAGGCAGCUGUGCAGAGGAUGCUGGAUCAAGCUGAAAGCCAGCUAGAGAAUGGUGUGACCUGGCAUAACCCAGAGCCCCCAGAGAAUAUAGGAACAGAGAAGGACAGAGCGAACUGCCCGUUCUAUAUUAAAACAGGUUCCUGCCGAUUUGGAGACAGGUGUUCUCGCAAGCAUAACUAUCCAACCUCUAGUAAGACACUACUCGUCCGAGGGAUGUUCAUCACUUUUGGCAUGGAGCAGUGCCGGAGAGAUGACUAUGACACAGACGCAAGUCUUGAGUACAGUGAUGAGGAGACCUACCAGCAGUUCCUGGAGUUCUAUGAGGACGUGCUCCCUGAGUUUCAGAAUGUGGGGAAGGUUGUUCAAUUCAAGGUCAGUUGCAACUAUGAGCCCCACCUGCGAGGAAAUGUGUAUGUCCAGUAUCAGUCGGAGAAGGACUGUCAGGCAGCUCUUGCUCUAUUUAGUGGACGAUGGUAUGCAGGCCGACAGCUUCAUUGUGAAUUUUGUCCUGUGACAAGGUGGAAAACUGCUAUAUGUGGCUUAUUUGAAAGGCAGAAGUGUCCAAGAGGGAAGCACUGCAACUUUCUUCAUGUAUUCAAAAAUCCAAACAAUGAGUUUUGGGAGGCCAAUAGAGACAUACGUAUUUCUCCUGAACGGACUAAUCAGUUGUCUAAAAACUCUGAAAGGAGAAACAGAACAAGCCAUCGUGAUGACUAUUACAGCCGGUCAAGGAGAAGGGGCAGCCCAAGCCCAGAUCAUUCUUACCGGAGAAAUGGCGAAUCUGAGAGAAAAAAGAAUCGCCGCAAAAACAAGAGAAGGCGCCGAUCUGGAAGGUCAAGAAGUCGAGAAAGGAGGAGGUCUCGCAGCAGGGGGAGAAAGAGGAGAGGCCGCAGUCGCAGCAGAAGUCAUAGUCGAACGCGCAGUAGGAGCAGAAGUCGGAGUUCCUCGCGAUCCAGGAGCAGGGGUAAAAAGAGAUCGAGCAGCAGAGGAAAAAAUAGUGAAACUCCCAAAACAAAGUGAGAAUUACUUUUAGAAAUUGCUAAUUGAUCAAACAUAGAGCUGACAAAGAAAUCUUUCCAGUAGGGCACCAGAUAUAUUUGAGUUUCAAAUAAAGUGUUCUUGCACAUUAAAAUGUUUCUUCCUAAUAAAGGAACCUAGUUUAUUGUGUGCUAAGCUUCAGAAAAUUAAAAGUUUAAGUCCUACAUAAGGUGUGAAUGUCAAGUACUCUAGCUACUCUGUCCCUCUGAACUGCUGCAACAUCUGGAUGCAUACCGAGUACAAAUAGAAAGAGAAGUAAAGCUUAUUUGGUAUACGCUUAUUUCUGUGUUAUGUGUGUGUUAAGUGUUUACUGUCCCUGUAAGGAGUUAGUACAGAACAGCCAGUGUGCUGUAAAUUCACACCACAGCAUACUGCAAAUUGAAGUCCAUGUAGAAGACUGCCAUUUAUGUUUUCCAUCUGUUUAUGGGAAAUCUCUUUCUAGAUAAAGUAGAUAUAAUCAUGUUAUGAGUUGGAGAAAAGGGAUCUAAAAGACAUCACUGUUUGAUUGUACAAUACUUGCCCAGCAGGAGCUCUGUGGUCGUAAGUGUUGGAUUUUUCUCUCUGACUGAGCUGCUGAGCUAAUUGCCUGUAGGGAUUGCAGUAGACUAAAACCAAGUAGGAAAAACAAUCAAUUUAUUCAGUACCUUAAUCCCCAAGUAAGAGUGGAGACCAUGCACUUGUAAUCCUUGAGUGAGGAUAGAAAAUACUUUGCAUACCUCUUGGUUGCAUACCAUUUGUAGUUGAAAACAACCUGCCUAACCUGUGAUGGAGUGGUGGAAGAGUGUCUGUCUGGUAACCAAAGAUGCAUAUGUAGUUGUGAAGGCUCAAGAUGAUGGUUGCAGAGUGGCUGAAGAAACCGAAGGUUUUAUACCUGUAACAAUACUUCAGGUUUUUGGGAGAGGAGGACUUGACUUAAAGCCUUUUUAGGCUUAUUUUAUAGACGGUUUAAGGCACCCUACUGGCUAGCUUCCCUAUGGUCAAGGUGGAGAGUAGGGUAGGGUACAUAAAAAUGAAGUUAUCAGGACAAAACCUUUUUGAAAUGACAGCUAUAUUAGCAAAGUACCUACAAUUAGCUAAAUCCUUACAAAUAUUUCUUCACUUUUAAAUGAAAGAUUUGUGCUGUUAGAUGGACUGUACUUCAUGCUGCUUAACUUCAGGUAUUUAACUUGGGCACCUAGGCAUCCGCAGACACUCGGAGAGAGCGGUUUGUGGCACUGAAGGUGCAGGUGCCCUAAACGGUCUGCAGAUACCUCCCUCUCCUUAGCCUAUCCAAAGAACCCAGGCUCCUGUCUUUAGAGUGCAGUUCAGACCGCCUAAGUUAGAAGCCUGAAGUAGGCAUGGAAGUCUUCCCAAAUAGUUAUUCCUUACGACUCCAACAAUGUAAUGUGAAGUCCCGUAGAAGAUCUGGAUAUCUGAUAGCAUUCCUCACAGCAAGAACGUUUUUUCCCCAGGACAGUUAAGAGUGAACGAACAUUGCUUCUGGAUAUAAUAUAUAUAUUUUUGCUUUUCUAAAUGCAUACUGCACCUAGCAUGCUGAUUAUACAUUUUCCUUCUUUCAUGUGUAACCGUUGUCCAAUAUGGAGUAAUACAACAAAAGUGCUAUAUAUUGAUGUUCAGUUCAAACCCAACUUUCGCUAUAUAUUGUCAUAACUGUAGGCAGAAUUGUAGCUUAGUUAAUUUGAUUAGAUGUUUUAGUUAUUAACAGAUGUAGGAGUUGUAAUUUAAUAGCAUAACUUUUGAAAUAAUAACUUUGUUCAAAAGGCAUAUUUCAAAGGAUAGACAGCACUAAGUUUUAAAUUACAUUUGAGAAAUUUGUGACCACCGGUUUCUCAUAAUGUAUCUUUUUCUGACUAGACCUUACAGACAUAUUUUCCCCGAGGUUUCUAUUUUUUCAUAGAUGCUCACUUGUCUAGUUGGGUCACUUGUGCAGAACGUAGCAAACUCUGGUUCGGUUCCCCGGAGCAGAAUUGAACUGGCAUUUCCUACUUGCCGAGACGCACCACCAGCAGGCCGGGAACAUCUUCCUUUCACCGGUGCUGCCUUGCGUCCCACAACUCGUGCUGCUGAUCUAGCCUGCUGGUUAAGGCGCUCGGGUGGAAGAGGUGACCUAACACCAUCUGUAGUGCGCUGUACAGCCUGUGUCCUGCGGCAGGGCUGUCGCCGAGCGUUGUCUGAGCGAAGUCAAGGGCCGAGCUCAAAGAGAAGCGGUGGAAUGGGUGGUGGGAACCUGUGACCAGUCGGGUGAAAUAAGCAAAGCUGGCCUCAGUAGGAUUAGAAACCAAGUGCCAACUAAGAGCCAUGUGAGAAUUUUACAGGUAAUUAGGCUCCUUGUCCCCACAGUUUUGUAAUGGGAUCUGGGAAGCUGAGCUGCUGUAUUUUUUUAAAAAAAAAAGUUCUUAUAAUUAAAAAAAAAAGACUUGCUCAGAGAUGCAUGUAAAAAUUUAAAUAUACUUUAUUUCUGCUACUACAAUGGCUGAAGCUUCAGCUUUUUUUUCUUGAGGUCUGGACCCAAACUUACUGGCUGUACCUCUGCAGUGUAGGACUGGUAGCUGCGAUUAUCAUUCACUUUCACAUGCAGUCUGUUUAUUACACAGAAAUUGAGUGCUGUAGAUCUGACAUUUAGUUUGCAUUUGUUAGCAUGAAACCCAGAAUCCAACCAGUUUUCUAACUUCAGAGUUCCUAUAUUUCAGUAUUGUUUCCUGACUUCAUAAUCUUAAGUAGUGUUAUAUGCAUGGUUUUGUGUUUCCUUAUUAGCCGAGUGAGCUAUUUAUUCUGAAGAGACAAAGAGACUAGAAGUUUUUAAAUGCUAAGCUUAAUUCUUCUUUUUUCCAAAGGGGAGAAGCCCCAGAAGAACACAGAAAGGAUUUAAAUUUGCAAGGAGUAACUUGUUCUCACUGCAUGUUAUUCUGCAUAUUCUACAUGAAAGGACCUUAAAAAGUGAAUCAAUAUUGGCCAAGUUUUGUUUUGUCUUUUAAUGACUGCUUAAAAGCAGUGGCUUUCAGAAUUCUUUUUUUCAGUUGCAAAUUCUGCAAGGAUCACAGAGGUGCUUUAGAGUGGUUGCGAAAGCAGAGCUGCCAGAAGUUGGUUAGGGUCUGCCGGAGAGCUCGGGGAGCUCAUUUCAGUCAGGGUGGGGAGCAGGCGCUCCCGUGGGAGGAGGAACGCGGCCCAGAUCGCGUUUUCCCAGUGGCAGAAAGGGAAUAACGACAGCAUGGCGGCAGCUCCUGCAGGCACAGGCACUACUGCUGCCCAGCAGCUUUUGGGCACUGGGGAAGCGGGCUUGCCCCCUCGCAGCAGCACAGCCUCGAGUUGUGGCAGGCGGCCGCUUCCCUGCGAUUUCCCUUUCUGCCCAUCCAGAGCAGCAAACCACCGUCCCCGCGGUGAGGAGCGGGAGCACGCGGCCACGCGCCGAACGCGAGGCUUUCAGUUCUUACGGCUGCGGGGGGAACAAGCACACGCGAAAAGGCCUUCCCUCGCUUACAGGGCAGAUGGUCUGAAACGCAGCCUAAGUAACCGCUCAGCUUAUGUCCUUUGGUGAUAGCAUGUCUUUCUCAGGUUCGGUUUUGCAUUACCUUAUUCAGUGUAUCAGAAAUUGCCCUGAAGUUUACUAGUGAAAUUCCUGUGCGCUAAGUAAUGUUUUUUUCAAAAGAAAUGCAAGAGCCUCCUUAAAGAUGCUAUUGCUUCCUGUCCUGGAUCAGCACUUCUUACAAAACGUGGAAGUCUAUGCUAGUUAAUAACUUAAAAGCUUAAUUUACUUUCUUACAUCAUCUAAAGAGUGCAGCUGAUUUUGCUUUCACUGUAAGUUUGUCCUAAUUAAAAUAAACCCCUAUUACUCCCCAUAUCCUUCUAUUCAGCACUGAUGUUAUCAGCUGAAUUCAGUAUCUAUCUCUGAUUGAAAAAAAAGAUACAACAUUGACAAGUUACACUUUGGUGAACUAGAAGACAGAUGACAAAGCAAGCCAUACAAGCGUACCCCAUGGCACACAGUAACUUCACAAAGGCAGCCACAGGGUGUCCACCAGCAUGGCAUUAACCCAAAAGAAACAGCAGGUGGGUAGGAAGGCCUCUUAGAGACCAAGAUUCAGCAAUGAAGACACUCAAGCCAACAAUCACUUGCCUAAACAAUCCAGAAAUUCUAAUUGAUUAUUUAGCUUGCCUCCUCCCUUUCCCCAUAAGAUAGGAAAUUUAAGAAACAAAAUUUUAUUAGAUAUAAGAAAUGUCCUAAGAUGGUAAGUUUUCCCUAUGCUUCUGCUGAUAACAUCAAGCAGUUCAGUUCUUUUAGAAAGCUGGAGAACAGAUUAAUCUGAGAAAUUUUUGGCUGAGACUAGGAUUGUGAACAUUGCAUUGACUUGCUCAUAAUUCCAUAUAAGGAACUGAAUAUUCAGUCUGUAUUAUCCAGAACCCUCUCUCAACAUGUGGUUUAAUUUUCAAAUGAAGUGGCACUACUGCAUCAAUUUAACAUCCACUUUAAUAAAUUUCAUGUUUAAUGUGGUAAGCCUUCCAGAAACUUGCUAAUUUAUUGCUUUCUGUACAAUUUAAAUGGAUGUAAAUAACUAAUCUUGGACACAGUAUACUCACACAUUUUUUAAUAAAGUGCUCAAGAACAGGUUAAGCACUGUAAUAAAAUUUCUCUUUUUUUACGCUA